UAACCUAAGAUCAUCUUUAUUUGGCCAAUUUGUUCCCUUAAUUAAUAAAUUCAUCUUUUAAAAACUGAAUAUUUAUUUACUCUGGUUAUCAUUGUCUCACAUUGCAAAUUGUUUGGUAAUCAGAUGAAAAAAAGAGAAAGCAAUACUUCUCCACAUUUAGACUUGGUCUUAUUGACAACUACGAGAAAUUACAUCAGUGUUGAACAAUUUCAUUUUUAAACACUAACUGCACAUAAAAGAACUCUAGUGUAAAGUUUUCUGAGUCAAAGUUGCGUUUAUACAAGUCCGCGUCAUCCAGAUGGAACAAGAACUAGUCACUGAAACAUAUAUUUUAAAUGAAUGUAAAAUGCUUGAGACAUCACAAAGAGAAUCGAGCUUACCUCUCUUUGGUGUAGAACAUCUUUGGGAUGCUGUCACAUGAUACCAUAGCAACCAGCCAGUGUCCAUGUCACCACAAAGAGGAGCUGAAUCCAGGUACAAAGCAGAGUGUUUCCAUGGCAACUCGAACACAGCAGCUUGCUCGUCCUAAACCCAACCACCUCAGAUGUCCAGACCGUCGGUCUGUGUAUUGGUUGGAUAAAAUGCCACAAGACAGGACAGAAUCCACCACAAGAAUUGAAUUAACCUCUCGUUGGUCAAACAUAGCCCAAAGUAAAAAAUUCUACAAUCAAGUCAUGAUUUCUCCCAUUUGGGAGGUGAGUCAGUGGGCUCUCAGGGCUGUUCCAUCCGAGCGAUUGUGUUCGCUGGCUCAGCCUCGAAGACCUGUAGCUGACUGGCAGCCAAGCCGUCCUUUUCCUGCUCCUCUGAGCAGAGGUGCGCAGACAGCUGUAGCUUCCAAGCGGAUUUGCCAGCUUGCCCAGCCGAAGAGACGGCAGGUUCAAGUGGGGCCCAACAGCAGGUUUAAACCUCGACCUUUGACCCAAACUGCCGCUAAAACAUCUGCACGUAUAGCUCUACUAGCCACCCCAAAACGAAACCAUCCCAAGUAUGAAGAGGAGCGCUCGGCGUACUGGACGGUUUCUAGAGCAGCCCAAAGCUGCACGGCCAGCUACCGGAUUAUGGAACUGUCUUGUCCCAAAUAUGAGAAACUGCUGUUUGAUGACUACAACCCAUACGUUGUUAGCCAUGCAGCCCUCUCCGCCUGCCCUUCUGCUCGAGUUAAAGAACUCAGUUUGCCUCUGCCUCGCAAAUGUAUCUCAAAGGAAUUUAGUGAUAAAUAAGAAAUCUUAUGUAAAAUGGUUACAUUUGUUUCUUUUGCUUCAUCAGUAAACACAUAAAUUAAUCAUC